CGUCCUGGUCUGCGUGCACGGACUUCACUUCCUCCUCCUCCUCACCUCCUCACUGUUCACCUUCCUCAUGUCCAAGUCAAAAUGUAUGGCAACUCGUAUUGUUAUCCCCUCCACGAGGAGUUCCUCACCUAUCGCGGUGGCUUGAAUAGCCCCACUUCCUAUUGUUCCUCCUGUUCACAUUCAUGUUCACCUUUUUGACUUCAUCUUCACCUUUUUUCAAGUCUUGGUACUCCAGCCUCCCCGUCCCCCCGUCGAUAAACCUUCUCCCCUCUUCUCUUCUCCCUCUCUCCUUCUCUCUCUCCCCAGCUUUCUACUUCACUUCAUACUGCGACUUCAAUUCUUCGGCAGGCCUUCAGCAAUUCUUCUAUCAAUCCAAUCCAUCCUCUCCUUCUUGAGCACUUGCCUUCACGGCAGUAUCUCUAUAUUCAACUAUACUCUUCGGCCGGCGUUGAUCGUCACCGUUGACUAUCCCCUAUAUUCACCACCUUAUACCUUUCUCUACCUACCUACUUCACGCGGACUCCGCCGGUGCUCAUCCUGAUCAAGUCAACAUGGGUGACUACAACAACAAUCUUCCCCCUAGCGGCUUCCUUCCGGCCACUCAGACCUACGACGAGUUCGGCAAUUACGACAGCGAGGCCUAUGAUUUCCUGAACGUCGGCAAUCCUUUGCCUGCUUCCGGUGAUACUCUACAAUAUGAUGACAAUGGCUUGCUCAAUGGCUUCCUCAACUUCGAUACACCUCUGCCUGCUCCCGUUGAUGCUAUCCAAUUUAAUUCCAAUGGUUACGACAACACGCCCUUCUAUGAGGCUUUCAACAACCCCGUCCAGGAACCAAGCAACCAUGGCAUCUCGGAUGAUUUCCUGGCACUUCUUGAUGCCUCCAAGAAUCCCAAUGAGCCUGAUCCUUUGGGAUUCAUGACCCAGGGUGGUGACUAUGUCCCCCCUCAGGCUGACGAUUUCUUCCCGCCAACUUCGUCGCCUCACCUCAACACCACACUCCAGGAUGGUGGCAUUUCGCCACAAAACACCAACUCUCGUGCCCAUAUGGGCAGCGUGGGUCAAGUUGCCGGCCGCAAUUCAUCACCAACUUCCCGGCCAUCUCCCCGCCAAGCUCGCGGCAACUCCCCUCAGCACACCUCGGGAGUCACCAAGCCUCGUCAGAGGAAGCCUCGCACACCAGCUUCCAACACUACAGGAAUUAAGAAGGCUUACAAGACCAAGAAGGUCAAAAUCUUCAAGAAAACUCGUGUUGACGCUGAAAUCAACCUCGACAAGAAAAUCAGCUACGAACAGCCCGCUGAUGAGACUUACCGCCCUCUUAUCGAUCUUGAUCCUGAAGGGCCGCCUGAGAGCCGAUAUCAUCAUCUGAAGAAACAGGACGAGGAACACAAGAACCCCUUGAACUCUGAGUAUCCGGUGUACAAACAAUACAAAGGCCUCUUCAAAGAUAUUGAGUCUGCCCGCGCACACCGCCAAAGCGUCCGAAUCUCACCCAAGAAAGCCGCUGAUGUCGCACGUGUCAUUGCACAAGGCCUAGAUUUCUGGGUUCGCCGCAUCCACUCGUCAAUGAUCGAUAUUUCUGAGCUUCGCGAUACACAAAAGUCAAUCCACGCCCAGCGCUUUCUCCAAGUUACCGCCAUGGCCUGGGGUGAUCUGGAUAUGGAAUCCACUGCGUGGCACGUCUUGGAACGCACCCUCGAUGUGCACCUGGUGGGCUGGACUCGCCCUCAGGUCUACCACGUGGAAGCCAAGCGUGGUAAGAAGACUGAUGUUCCCCCUGGUUCUCUCGAGGAGCGCCUUGAAGCUGUCUGCACUGCUCUCCGUCUUUCCAAGGCUUGCGUCGAUGAUGCUCUUCGCGGCGGCUUGGAGCUCGAUCUUCUUUGCGACAACCCUAUCGCCCGCUUGAGCACCAAGGAAUCCAACAAUGCUGGCAACCUUGCUCGAUCUUCACGUCUUGUCAUUGCUGGCAGGAUCAAGGAAGUGGUGCAUGAGAACAAUGUCGCCGCUGCCGCUGCCGUUGCCAAGGCCAUCGCUGAGGGUUCUGAUGAGGUCGAAUACGAACAAUUGGUCACAGAUGGUCUCGAAGCAAAGAUCCUGGCUGAAAUCGAGGAGGAGACUCAGAAGAAAGUCGAAGAAGCCAAGAAGAAAGUCGACGAAGCCAAGAAGAAAGCCAAAAAGGCUCGAACCAACACUGAUGAGGAGACUGAAGAGGAGACUGAUGAGCACUCUGAAGAGGAACCCGCGGAGGAGUUCACUGAGAACGAUAGGGUACAAACCCCAGAUGUCGAGUGGAUGUACGAAGAACAAGAGGAAUAUGAUGAGGAGGAGUCUCUCGCUGCUGGCGACGAGAGCAACGACUCCGAGGAUCGUGAGGACUGA